AAGAAACUACCCACCUCGCCGUGCCAGAACAUUUCCAACUCCAUCCUUGCAAGUCCCAGAGCGUGCUGUAAUCGUUGCUUUCCCUUGACACAGUCCCAAGGACCACUACGCUGUAAGCUCACCGAAGUCCAUAAUCUAUCUUCUAUCUGGUCCAAUAUUGCUGUAUUGUUCACAACAAACAACGACGCAACGAUGAGUUACUUGAUUUCGAAAGCAAUGGACGGUGUGAACCGCGUCAUCUUUGGUGCCGAAGCCAAAGUGCUCAAGAUGGCCUUUUACGACUGCUUUGACCGCGACAUGCUGGGCAAGGAAGUUCCCAUGUCGGCGUACAAGGGCGACGUUGUCAUGGUGGUCAACGUUGCCUCGAAAUGAGGUUUGACCAAGAAAAACUAUAUCCAACUUGCCAGCAUGGCAGACAAGUACAAGGGAAAAGGCCUGCGAAUUCUGGCAUUUCCCUGCAAUCAAUUUGGAGGACAAGAGCCGGGAACGCACCAAGAGAUUAUCGAGUUUACCAAAACAUUCGAUCCGGACAUGCCAGAGAAACUUGAAUUCUUUGAAAAGGGGGAUGUCAAUGGAGCCAACACAAGAGAAGUCUUUGGCUUCCUGAAACAUACACUGCCCAACGAUGAUGGAACCACUGGCAUUCGAUGGAAUUUUGCCAAGUUUCUGGUGGAUCAUGAAGGAAAGCCUUACAAGAGAUUUAGCCCACAAAUUGCACCCAACGAUAUGGUAGUGGACAUUGACGAGCUGCUCAAUAAGAGAUCUUCGCCAAACUAACUAAGCAACAACGGGACAACAAUAUGCGCCUUGUUGUGGAUGAAUGAAUGAAUGAAUCAGCCAUGCUCCAAUGGACUUGCUUCUUCCCAAAAGUGAGGACCCCAAAAACAAAAACAAGUGAAUGACGGCCUUUUUGCAGCUCUGCACUGAACUGCAUUGGCUUGACAGAUUUUAUGAAUCGACUUCUAUCUGAUCCCAUUUCAAUUUACAAACAAACAAACAAACAAACAAACAAUCAACAAGUUUAUGAUAUAGUUCUUGUUGACGUGGUUUGGAUGGAAUCGCCACCACCAAUGAUAGAAGUACUUUUUGGUUUUUGAGUUUUCACCGUGGGAAAAGUGUCCAUUGACAGCGUUUUGGAUUUGAUUUAUUCGGCAAGAGCAUCAGACGCAGCAAACAACAAACAAGUAAUUCAAAUUUGUAUAUACGUAGACAACAACAUCA